AUGGCUAUGGAGUGGAGAUGGAUGACUAGCUGGUGGGCUUGCUUGGUCAUAGUGACACUCCUCCUUGCCAGGUCGAUCCAUCGCGUCAUUAGCAAGAUUUGUCGACCCCGCGACGAACUACGCUCUGGGAUACUGCAAAACCUUACCCCCACGCUUGAAGAUGCUAAAUUCGAGAUCAUCGCCGUCCCUGGCCUCGGUGCACAUCCGUAUCACACGUGGGAGGCUCGGAAAACCCCAGGACCCAGUGCCGCCGAAUACCAAACUUCACAGUCUGCCAAAGUUCACCUCCUGAAAGAUCUCCUCGCGCGCGACUUCCCUAAAGCCAGGAUCUGGAAUUUUGCCCAUGACUCCAACUGGCUGAUUGACGCCCCUGUUAAGACCACCGCGGAGAUUGGCAAAUGCCUCAUCACGGAGAUCAAGGACAAGCGAUCAUCCCCCCACCUCCCUAUUAUUUUCAUUAGCCACAGCCUAGGUGGUAUCAUCAUCAAGCAGGCUCUGUGCAGCAAUGACUCCCAAGAGAUCGUCGAUGAUACAUCGGGUAUCCUGUUUCUCGGAACCCCUCAUCAGGGCUCGUCGGUCUCCGUUGCUGGCGCUCUAUUGGCCUGGAUAACCGGUUUCCUUGGAUCGGACACGACAUUACUUCUGUCUCUGAAAAGUAACGACCAACAGCUCAGCACUCUUGCGGCAAACUUUAAGCAGUGCAUAGCCUCCUCAAACAAACGUCGACAGGAGAAUAUUCGGAUCUCAUCAUUCUACGAGACUAAGAAAACGUACCUGUUCGGGCUAUCGCUAGGCGUCAUGGUUUCCCAGAAUUCUGCCGUGGUCCAUGAUGAUGCCGGUGAGAGCCACAGCAUCGAAACGGAUCAUUCCGGGCUCAACAAAUGCGGUGAGCCGAACGAUGCGCUCUACACGAAGCUGACGGCCGCGGUGCGACACUUAAAAGCCCCAUCGCUGCUUGAGCAGGCCGACACAUGGAUACGCGACAAACACUACACAGCGGACAGGCUGAAGAUUGAGCGCCUCUCGGGCGAGCUGCUGCCUAUGGAGCAGUGCUAUAUUAACCUAGCCAUCGUGGAACAAUCCGGCCAAGACGCAGGCCAUUCAAGAAAGGAAGGGGACACAGCGCCGUCCCCGUUCUCCAUCCUCGCCCGACAGAAGGUUCAGACACCCGACAAGACUAUGCAGGUCGAGUUGGUGGCACUUUUCAACGAACGCAACGGAAGAGACGACCGACCGAUGCAUCCACGAAGAAUCUUGAUUCGAGGACGUGCGGGAGUUGGCAAGACCACCUUGUGUAAAAAGAUUGUCCAUGAAUUCUCUAAAGGGGCGUUAGGCAAAUGGAAUGAGUUAUUUGAGCGCGUGCUUUGGGUGCCUCUGCGAAAUCUGAAGCUGCCGGAAAGAUGCGGUAUGCCUAAGUACACCUUUGAAGAUCUCUUCAGCCAUGAAUACUUGCUGCCAACAAAUGGACAAAAUCUUGCUAGAGCGUUGUUCCACGCCUUGAAUACAGAGAACAGCAAGACUCUAUUUCUCCUCGACGGCCUGGAUGAAAUAUCUCAGGACCUAACAGGCGACGGCGGUAUGCCCCGAUUUCUCGACGAGCUUUUAAGCCAGCCUAAUGUUGUCGUCACGUCUCGACCUUCCGCCACGUCUCCGUCGAAUCUGCACCUUGAGUUGGACACAAUUGGAUUCGGCCCCGAUCAGGUGAACGAGUAUAUUCAAAAGUCCUUCACUAAUCGGGAAACGGCCGAAAUGGAUCAGAUCAAAGUCAACAGAGUCCAGUCAUUUCUUCAAGAGCGUUGGCUUAUUCAGGGUCUUGUGCGCAUCCCAAUUCAGUUAGACGCCCUUUGUUACACCUGGGAUGACCUAAAACCUGACAUUAUACUGAACACCAUGACUGGCCUUUACAGGGAAAUCGAGCUAAAAUUAUGGAAGAAGGAUAUCCUGCGAUUAGAAAAGAGACACGAGGACAAAGUGUUGACCAAGGAGAAUUUAGCAGCGGCUGGGAGGCGGAAGAUUGAGCGAUUCGUCGAGGACGAGUUGGCGUUCAUCGAGAGCCUCGCCUUUACUGGGCUAUACAACGACGUGGCGGCGCGGCUCGACGACAAGGACGCAGGGGUUCGAGCGGCCGUCAUAAAGGCCCUAGGCAGUCAAGCGGCGCUGGCUAAUGAGGUGCUUAUUGCCAUGGCGGGACGACUCGACGACGAGGACUUAAACGUGCGACUGGCUGCCGUCAAGGCUCUUGGCGGUCAGGUGGCGCUGCCUAACGAGAUACUUAUGGCUAUGGCGGCGCGGCUUGAUGACAGGGACUGGAGUGUGCAAAACGCCGCCAUCGGUGCGCUAGCCAGGCAAGCGGCGCUGCCUGACGAGGUUCGUAUGGCUGUGGCAACGCGACUUCCCGAUGAGGGCCCAUGGGUGCCAGUCCCCGCCUACGACGCGCUCGCCGUGCUGGCGGCGCAGCUUGAUGAGGGGCCCACGACUGUGGCGGCGCGGCUCGACGACGAGGACUGGGUUAUACGAAUAACUGCCGUCGGCGAGAACUGCUUCACAAGAGCCGCCACUAUCGACGCACUAGCCGAGCGGGCUAUUUUGCCCGGCCGGGUAUUUAUGGCCGUGGCGGAGCGGCUUGAUGACGAGGACUCAUACGUGAGAAGGGCUGCCGUUGAGGCGUUAGGCGGUCAGGCCGCGCUACUUGACGAGGUACUUCUGGCAGUGGCGGAGCGGCUUGACGACGAGGACUCAUACGUGCGAAGGGCUGCCGUCGAGGCGUUAGGCGGUCAGGCCGCGCUACCUAACGAGGUAGUUAUGGCUAUGGCGGCGCUGCUUGACGACGAGGACUCUCGGGUGAGAAGCGUUGUGAUUGAGGCGCUAGGCGGGCGGAUAGCGCUGUCUGACGAGGUCCUCAUGGCUGUGGCGGCGCAGCUCGACGGCAGGGACUCAAACGUACGAAGCGCAGCCACCGACGUGCUAGCCGGGCGGGCAGUACUACCUGAUGAGGUAAUCACGGCCGUGGCGGCGCGGCUUGGCGACAAGAACCCGGGCGUGCGAAGCGCCGCCGUCGAUAUCUUAAUGCGCAAGCGCGAACACGGCGAGUAA